CUAAAUUACCGUCAAGUCUUUGAAUCAGCAUCUACGCAUUGUAUCUUCCAUCCAUUAUUAAAAGGAAAAGGUCUGUGUCAGUCUAGUUGAUCUCUAGUCAUUAAAUGAAAGCUCGUGUGAGUUUAGUUGAUCUUGCAUUGGUGGUGGACGUACUGGUGGCUGAUGGAGUAGGAAUCAGGGAAGCAAUGCGAGUGCGAGAGAGUGAGAGGGAGGAGCGAAGGUCGGAAAGAGUUGGCAGCAGGGGCUGCCGGAAGGGGAACAUGCAUGCUCCCUCCUCAACUCGCAGAAAAUGGGACGACGAUAAUGGUCGAGUUUUGUCAUCAGACGCCCGAUCACGACUCCCCGGCUACCCAAUCAACCAGUGAGAGCCAUCAACAAGUGUGUGCUAGCUGGGAUGAGCGAAGGAAGCCAGGCUACGCGCAUCCAAAGCCUGACCGUACUCUAGAGACUGCAUCAAUCAUCCGGUGGCAGGCCGGCCACGCACAGCGCACCGGCAACGGCAACGGCACGCCGCAGUCCAAGCCUCGCAAGGAGGCCCAGCGCCAUCCAUUUCGGUGGGCACGGCGGCCGCCCACUGGUUUCGGUGUCGCUGUCGGUCUGCGCCGUCUCCCCUCCCUGUCGUCGACGUCAGUUCGCUGCCUGUCUCGAGAACGCGGGGGGGGAAGGGGAAUGGAAUCCACCACUCCAGCAGGCAUUGGAAGCUUCCUCUCUCCUCCGGCGACGCGUCCGGACUCUUGAGUCUGAGGGGGCCCAAGCAACGGAUAUAUCUCAAAUCUGUGCCGAUGGAUGAAGGGAAAACUCCAAAUUAUUGCUCGGGUUUGGGAGAUGUCCUGCUAUGCUGUGCUGGCGCACCUCUGGAACCACAGGCCGCCUGCAAUGCAACCGUGCCUUGCAAGGCUUCUGGCCGGGCUGGCUACAACGAGACAUGCUGUCUCUAGAGCUGCAGGGUUAAAGGCGCACGAUAAAUGGAUCGUCGUUUAUUAUAUAAUAUAAUGGUGUGAUGUGUUUGUAAUGGCAUAACAUCUUCAUGCCCCUUCCUCCAGUGAUGUCCUUGAAUAAACAUGGAAACAAAAGAGAAGAAAAUAAUGCAUGGUUCAAGGUUAUGUUUGGUGGCACGCGGAUGCGGUCGAGCCUUCAUCUUCAAAAGGUACACGUACACCAGAAGUGCAGCUAGAAGAAAGAUCCGAUCAGACUACUUACUGGUAGCUAACUAGCUACGUUUGACUUAAGGCAACGACG